UAGUUGUUUAUAAAAUGUGGGUUGAAGCAAUUAAGCGUUAAAAUAUUUCCGAGUGUUAUAUAGUUUGCUAAUAUACAGCCAUAAACAGUUCUAUCCAUCAUAAUUAUCUUCGUUUUAUGUAACGUAAUCGGUGUCACAGAUCAAGUUACGAAGCAGCAAUAGAGUCAACGAAUACACUACAAAACAGAUAAAGCUAAAUUAAUGCUUUUCGAAGUGAUUUUACUGCAGUAAAAGACUACUUGAAUAUGAGAACACUUAAUAUUCAUGUGACCAAACGGACAUUCAACAAACCUACAGCAAUUGCAAUACGAAAUGACCUCCUCUUGUCAGGCCGUUCAAGGUCGUCGAAACGAAACGGCGGGCGGAUCUGACAAGCAAGUUUUCUUUUCUACUCUAUCAUACUUUGCCUGGGGAUUGGUCUUUGCAUAUUCAUGGAUGAAUUUCACCGGAUAUGCGUUUUCACAUAGGCGAUUGGUGACGAGAGCAAUUUAAUCAUCCAGGCAUUACUUUGAACAAUUUUUUUGACCGCGCACUUAAAACUUCUUAUACUUACGUUUCAAAGGAGACAAAAUUGCUGGAAUAAUUAAUCACAUACUAAAUUCCGCAGCAGAACUGACGAAAGUAUGGGAAACAGACUACUCACUCAAACAACUAUAUAUAUAUAGUUUGAUAACCUUUGUCAUUCCAAUUAUUUACAUUCAUUUAUGUCAAUUGUUCCAUAUUAUUUCCUAUCUCAAUGUAAAAUUCCAAUACAUAUUUGGUUGUAAGCAGCUGACGCGAAACCACGAAAUAUAAUGAGUCCAUAUUAUCCUGCAUCAAUUUUUGUUCUGGCUUUAUUUAAAUUUGCUACCUGAUAUUAUUCAGACUAUGCAUCGUUUAUUUUCGUGGGACAGUGAAUACUGUCCAUUCCAUCGAUUCUAACCUAUAGCCUCGAACUAAUUGAACAGCAUCCUGCAAUAAAUUUCAAUGGGGAGUACGGACGGUGACUAACUAAAAUUCAGCACUACCUAAUUCAAAUUCAUUCGCCUAUUCUACGUACUAAAGUUCUUAUUUCUCAAAUACUUUAUACCUACUAUUUCAAUAAAAGUCUUUGCUUUCCAAACCUCCCAUCACUUACUUUUUGGAUAAUGGCUAACUUUUCGAGAGUGGCCGAGAUUUUUGAGCAAGCAUCAGUGGCGUUCGGUCGAUUGGCCCAACUUACUUUAGAUCUUAAGCAGUUCCAAGCGCAACAAAAUGAUGGGGAUUCCAAGACCUGCGGGAAAUGGUCACAAAAGGAAGUUGAAGAUCUUAAAGCUGCUAUUGGACGUUUUGGAUCUGAUCUGUCAAAGGUAGCUGAAGCUAUCGAAACAAAGACCAUUAACCAGAUAAAACAAAAGCUAAAAACCCGGGCCUUUCAGGAUGCUGGUCUUGGAGAUAUUUCCUUUGAAAAUGAGGCUGCGGAUACAGAAACCAAACCAAAAGUCACGACUCCAAAUGCUACUCCAGUGGAACGUGGAAGACGUAAGCAAGCUUUGAAUCAAAUGCCUGAACCAGUGGACUUGCAUCCUCCUAAAAGAUCCAGAUCUGAUGUCGACGAUUUGAAUGAAUAUACCAAUUAUGCACCUGAAGUAGAAGUUCCAGAUAAAAACCCAACCAACCGGCUAGUAACAACAAAUCAUAUAGUAAUGAAAAUGUUACACCGCAAAAUAACGAUGAUGGUCAUAAUAUUUUAAAACAUAAGCCAGUUGGCAGUACACUAUCUAGUGUUUUAUCCAAACCGAUAUCACUUGCUAGACCAGAUGUAAGUACUUUUGAUGAUCGUCAUCGCAAAACAACCACGUCAGUAAAUGUCCUUAGUUCUGGAUAUAAUGCAAAUGAAUCGAAGUAUGAAGAUUAUGACAGCGAUGACAGCGAUUAUGAUGGUGCUGAUGGUCGUACACCCGGAGAAGAUUACGAAUCAGACGAAGAACAAGAGGAAGAGGCUGACGACAACGAGGAUUACGAUGAAUAACCAGCAAUAAAUUGAUUUGUUAAAUAUUUGUGUAUAUGUCUUCAUGAUUAUUAUUAUUCAUUAUCAUGUAAAUUAGUGUUUAUACUGAUAAAAUAAGUUAACAAACUGCUUGUGGUUAUUUUCUUUUCA